AUGGCUGAAGUUACGACUGCUACUCGCAACUUUGUGCAGCAGCAGCAGCAGCAGUACCACAAACAGCCAUUGAUGCAGCGUACGAACAACGGCCUCUUCGCUUGUGGGCAUGGUCCCGUCGCUGGAUCCUUGAUCGAGUCUGGCUGGGGCAAGGCUCCCCAGGAAGAGGUAGGGGGCAUGUUGGACACCUUUUCCACAUCUGCGCCGCCUAGCAGUUCCCUUCUUGGUCCCAAGAUGGCUACAUUGGCUGCAGUAGUAGCACAGGGCCACUGCAGCCAACCCUGGCCAAACGCCGAGCUCAUUCGUCCAGACUUGGGGUCCUGGGCUGCAGCAAUUCUGACCAGCAAGGCCCAUGUCGCUGGCACCUCAAUCCACACCUGCGAGUCGCUACUUCGACGCAGCAGUCAGACACUCACCCGCACGCAAGGUACCGAAGCGAAGCUACCAACAGAGCUGGACAACUUGUGCAAGAUACCCAAGACCUUGGCGGCAAUCACAAUUCAAAGGUGCCCGCAAAACGUAGGACGCGACGCAACGCAACGCUGUGCGACAACAGUUGAGAGCUAUUCUAUCUACCUUGACCUGACCCUAACGCUACCAGCUCUGUCUGCAUCCUUCCCCCCUUCCGCCAGCGUCGCUCUCUUCUUUGCCCGUCUCGACCUCUAUCAGACAGCAGCAGCCGCCCUCACCACAACCACAACCACAACCACCACCACCACCACCCGCCGACGCCGACGCCGCCUCCGCCGCUGCCCAGAACGCGACGCCCUUUUCCCUCAAAGUACCUCCCCUGUGCCUGUGUCCAUUGCCAGGGAUCCACCCCACCACAAGCAUCCAGAUCUCCGAAGCUUCUCUGCAAGCCCUGCCGCUACCGACCACGCCCACUCCUACGCAACCCUCAACUCGCUGAGACGAACUAGGAAGCUCUGCGCUGCAGCUGCUCGCCGUCCAAAAUGUCAAUAA